AUGGUGGUGGGGUUCCUCGAAGGGAGACCUUUCAACCGCGAGAUGACGGUAAAACUGUCGGAGAAGCCGGUGCAAAUCGGCUCCUGGAGUCAACCACUACACGGUGCCCUCGUCGGCCCUCAGGCCAAUAUUGCCAAGCUUCGGUCAUCAUCAGGGAGUGGCCCGGCCCCGUCCCUCAAGCACAACGCUGGGCACAUGGUUCCCUCGGUGUACAGCGCAGAGCAGCCCCGUCCCUUGGUGUACGGCGCAGAGCAGGUGGCUCCCUUGGAGCACAACGCUAGGCAGGUAGCUAGGCCCCUUCCCUUGGAGGACGGGACUAGGCAGGUAGUUCCAGAUCCCUUGGAGUACAGCGCUGGGCAGGUGGAGGAAAUCGAGAUGCUCACCCAUACAAUGAGGCAGGUGUCGAAAAUGCUACAGGCACCUCAGUACACAUAA